AUGGCAGCACAGGUGUUGAUCGCCCAUACGGGCCAGCGCCUGGAAAUAGACGCUUCGCAGCUUUCAUCACUCGAUGAUUUCAAAGCCUCGGUGGCACGCCAGAUUUCGGUACCGACUCAGUGUAUCAUCACCCUGACCCCACAAGGGAAACCGUUGAAAGCGCAGACAUUACAAACCGAGAAGGAAAUAUGUGUCUACGACAGUCGGCUGGCACAGGCGCCCUCGGCCACCGCUCCCCCUCGCUCGGAAAUCCCCAUUCCGAACCGAUACGUCGUCUCGACUCCGCCGAAUAUGAUACAAGACACUAAGUCUGUGGCAUCAUGGCAAGAGCUAUUCAAGACCCGAUGGGAGUGGGCACUCCGUGUGGUGAAGGACUGUCGGCAAAUGGCAGCAGCAGCCGAGGAUCGAUACGACGAAAUGGAUGUCAUGCUCCGCUGCCUCGAUGCCGCCGUGACCAAUCUGGAGUUCGUCAUCAAAGGUCUCGAGCCCAAGUACGCGGACCUUCGGAAAUGGCUCCCGGAAGCGCAGGCCGAUUACAGCGCGCUGACAGGCCGGUGGGAACAGUAUCUGUCUCUUGCCCGGAGCAUCUCCGUCUCGCCCGCCAUGGUACGCUUCAUGACGGGUCGUGAUGUCGGGGACACAAAGGGACGAGUGCAGCGCCAGGCGACCCUGGAGGAUCUGGUGGACCUGGAGACGGCACGCAAGGCGGGCCGUCUGGCGCCGACGUCGCUUCGCAAGUUCAACAGUCGGGUCGCAGACCUUGAAAAAGCCGCUACUCGCCUGUUUCAGGAUGCCGAAGACCUGUUCCGCGAGUAUGAGAGGACAAUUGAACGGUCUGCCAUGUCUCACAGCGGCGAACCUCAGCAGCUCGUCCACGACAUCGAGGCCUUGGCGAAGAAGAUUGACACAGAUUACCAGACAGCGCUCGAAUAUAACAGCUCGUCCCGAGAUGCCGUUCUGCAAGCUUCCAAGGUUGCUGCGAAUCACACGGAGCGUCUGUUGCCAAGCUUGUGCAACCGGGUUCUGGAAAUGGACGACAUGCUUCGGUACGCCACGAAGGCGAGAAACUCGCUGGCCGCGGAGUCGCUUGAGUUCAUGUGCAGCAUUACCGACGUUACGGCAUUGAGCCACAGCGUGAGGUCUCAGAUUAGCGCCGUUAAUCAAGGAGACGAGUUUGCGACCUUCGACUACUUACGACUGAUCCAGCAAGUCCCAUACAUGUACGCGUCUUUCGUGGCAGAGGCCAUCAAGCGUCGUGAAUGGUUCGACAAGAUGAAACAAGACUCCUCCACGCUCGCAAAUGAGAUGGCCCUUUUUCAAGACGAGGAGGUCAAAAGACGGCGGCGAUGGUACAAGUCGAUUGGCGACACGUAUGGACCAGACUCCGCCGGCUCAGAUAGCAAUGUUCCUGGCCUGGAAGUCAACCUCCUUGGGGAGGAGGAGCGGUGGCCGACCAUGACCAGGAAGGACCUGGAGGACUUCCAAGUGCUUCUGCAGGUCAAUAAGGCGGAUCCGCAGAUCGUCGAAGACGUCAGCAAGCUGGUUUCAGAAUUGAGCAACCCUACGAGGCAGCAAUCGAAGCGGAUGAAGGCGUUCAAAAACGGCAGCGUCCACGAGGCCGCGCUUGGGCGGAGUGGGUUACUGAUCCGCGGCGACGACGAGCUUCUUCGAUCAUUACAAGACGACAAAGUCAAGCUGGAGAGCAAGCUGAAGACGGCCGAGAGCCGUGUGCGCCGGCUUGAGGACUUGCUCCAUCGCCAGACCGAGGCGUCGCGACCGAGUUUGGGCAAUCUGUUCCAGGCACCGAGCCAUCAGUUCUCCGGCCGUGCCGACUCCUCCAUCUCAGUCAGAUCUCCGCAGGCGCCAGAAGAUCGGAAACGAUCCGAGGAAGGAAUUGACGCCCUCGCACUGCGGGUCCAACAGCUGGAGGCUGAGUUGGCCGCAGAGAAGGAGCGGGCUGCAGCCCUUGAGAAAGGCCUUGACGGGCAGGUCACCCUGCACAACGACAUGAAAAGUCAAAGAGACGAAGCCAACUCCACGAAGAAGGAUCUCCUGGAAAACCUGGAAGCUCUCAAGCGCGAAUUCAUGGAGGAACGGAAGUCGCUCGAGAGCGAGAUUAAACGCCUGCAGGCACGCUUGGAGGAUACCGAGGAUGAGAUGGAGCACUUCGGGGAGUCCAGGGAGAACGAGAAAGCUUCAUACCAUGAGGCGAUCCAGGCACUCAGAACCGAAGUCGAGCGGUUGACAAAAGAGAAACGCGACGAAACUCUCAAGUUUGAAGGCAUGAUCAAUUUCCUGCGCGAGGAAACACGCUUGCAGCGUGAGGCAAUGGAGGCUCAAGAGCACCAACUCCAAACCGCACAUGACGAAUCCAAGGACCUCGGAAAGAAGCUGGAAGCCCUCAGCGAGACGGCCGACAUGCAGCUCAAAGCGCUGCACGAGCUCUGGACCCAGUUGUCAUCAGACGAAGCUGUCCCCAGCGACCUCUGUGAUCUCGUUGAUUGCAUCUCGGUGAAAAUGAACGACGCCAUGGCGAGACUGCAAGGCUUGGAAAGUGACAUCUCUCUCCUCCGUCUGGAACUCGAUUCAGCGCACAACGCUGCCGGGUCAAGCAAGGCAGAAAAGGUGGCUCUGGAGGAACGCCUUACGGAACAGGAGGCUGAAUCAAUUCGCCUUCGGGAAGCCGUUGCUGAAGAGAAGGCCAAGGUUCUGGCGCUUGAAGGCGAGUUAGCUGACGGCCGCGAGCAGCUCAGCCAACUACGUGCCAAGAUUGCGGACGGCGAAACGGGCUCCGAGUCUAUGCGAAAGCGGCUGGAAGAGGAAGAGGAGAAAGUCACGCUGGUCACCGAGGAGCUCGCUUCUCGGCAGUCACGGGUGGGCAGCCUGGAGGAGGAGGUUCGGCUUUUCAAGGACAAGCUUCAGCGAUCACAAUCCAAAUUAUCGGACCUCACGGCACUGUUUGAUACUCGAUCGGCGCACGCAAAAGACCUCACGCAGCGCCUUUACUCGCACAAUGAGCGCCUCACGCACCUGCUUGAACGGCUCGGCUUCUCCAUUACUCGUCAAGGCGGCAGUAUGAUAAUUCAGAAGAUACCCCGGUCUGAGCGGUUGUCACAAAACGCCAACGAUUCGGACCCCAGCUCAUCGCUCCGUCGGUCGAGCACCCUGAACAGUCGCUCCACCGCCGUCACGAGUACAGAUCUCGACCUUCUCAACUGGGUCAACUGCUCUGAAGUGGAGGCCGAAUCGGCAAAGUACAAUGAUUACAUUUCGUCGCUUGGAUAUUAUGAUAUGGAUGCCUUCUGCGACGUUGUGUAUCGGCGCGUCAAGGACGUCGAACACAUGGCCCGCAAACUGCAGCGCGAUGCACGGGCAUAUCGCGACAAGGCGCGCAUGCUGCAAAAAGAGGCGCACGAAAAGAUCGCGUACAAGAAUUUCAAGGAGGGCGACCUCGCCCUCUUCCUCCCAACGAGGAAUCAGACGACAGGAGCCUGGGCUGCCUUCAACGUGGGCUUUCCGCAUUACUUCCUCCGGGAGCAGGAGGCGCAUCGGCUGCGCAGCCGGGAGUGGAUUGUUGCUCGGAUUUCACGUAUUCAGGAACGGGUUGUGGACCUGUCCAAGUCGCUCCACCACCCUCCGGGAACAGCAAAGAGGGGAGCUGGCCCCGACUCCGAGUCGCUCAACGACGACGACAACGACAACCCCUUUGAUUUGUCUGACGGUCUUCGUUGGUACCUAAUCGACGCGACUGAGGACAAGCCUGGGGCGCCGUCCACGCCGGGACUCGCUAAGAGUACCGUCGCAGCCAAUAACGUCGAGGCCAUGGCCGAGAGGCACACACAUGGGGUAACAGGAUCCACGGGAGCAGGGACGGGGAACCGGAGCGGCAUUGCGUCGGGGAUCGAAGGGGUGAGCAAGACGCUGUCGAAGAGCCUUGAGAGCCGGAGGUCCAGUACGGGCUCUAAGAAAGCCCUCCCGUUUGCAAUCGGGGUCUCUCGAGGCCGGGAUAGCGCUGUUGCCAGCGAGACCAACUCGCUGCGCGCGGCGCCCGCUGACACACCCGCGACAACAAGCCCAACAUGUCAGCACGGAGCAACCCGUGGCAUAUCUCAACGUGAACCGCUCCAGGCCUCUGCGUAUGCUGACGAGCCAACACGGACAAGCGGUGGCAGAGGGAAGUCGAAGGAUGUCGGGCCCGUGCUGCCACCGCAGCAGUCGAAUUCAUCAGAGGCCUAUGCGCACACGCUGUUGCGUGAGCAAGAUGAUGCCGAAACCUCAAGUCCAGCGCAGAAGAGCGUGAUAUGGGGUUCGCUCUGGAGCUUGGAUGUCAACUAUGGAGUCGGGCGACAGCAACACUGA